ACCACAUAAGCGAAAAGCCCCGACAACCGACCAACACUCUUUCACCGCAACGCGGAAGAAGAAAGCCCAGUUGCCAGCUUCCUCGACAACAUGGAGAAUCUCCAAGGCGAUGAUUUCAAGUUGCAGAAGUGUCCCCUCGUGUGGCGACACGUACAACUACGACUGAGCCUCGAACAGCACUGGACCAAACAUCACGGCGUGGUCGUUCUUUCCGUCACACGAAGCCGCCGUCGUCCUCUUUCAUCCGACCGCGUCCUCAUCGAGCAGAUUCCUCUCGACUCCAGUACACGGUUGGUGUCUCCCACUUCGCGCGACCUUCGGCAUCUGCGCUUCAUGCUCCAGCACGGAGGCAUUCGCCAUCGCUUCCAAGCUCCUGAUGAAGUUGCAUACGAGAAAUGGUGUGUAGCUAUCGCCGAUGCCAUUGGAUCGGCACAGGAGAUGGAGCAGGAACUGCAGGCGACCAACAAUAAGCGGAGGCAGGUUGACCGCGUCCACGCUGAUGUCUAUGACCGAGACGCCACAAACCAUAAACUCAUCCAGCUGCACCGGCCUGGUGCCAUGGGAGAUAAAACUCAGCAAGGAGACAGCGUGGCUAUCGACUUGAGUCGUCCUAUUGACGCUCAUUAUGACGACAGCGAACCUGACGAAAAGGUCCUCGUGCAUCGCCUCCCUCGCAAGCACAACAGAUUUUCCCAACUCUCAACGACUGAGGAAGAUUUCAACCAUGACAGUCACGCCGAUAUCUGCAUCGAGAAAGAGGACGGUUCUGAACUUGACGCUGCAACAACCAGAGCAUCCGAUGACGAACAAGAAUCACCGAAAUAUUAUACGGAGAUGUGGAGAGAAUGGUGUCAGUCUAGCGCGUUCGAACGUCCAGUGAAGCGAUGGGGCAGAAUUCGUCCGCUUUCAACUCGCGAGACUUUGCGGCGACGUCUGAUGUCUGAUGCCAGAAAGAACUCCAUGCUCCCCUACGACUCGCCGGAACAACCUGAAGAUGGACUCGAAGGUACGUUCAAUCCCCGAUGAGUGAACGAUUGUCUUUCAAAACUAACUGUCGGAUAUUUGCAAACUUUAGGCCGCGUUCGACUUGUUUGGGUCACUGUUGAGUGAUUCGGCUUGGGUUGAUGUCCCCCCUCCCCCAACACACACGCAUGAAUGUCGGAUCCAGUUAUUUGCCGUGCUCGUAUUAUAACUAAAACCAAACGAACUUCGAAGUAAUGUAUGUCGCCUCGAACAUGUUUAUCGAUUUUAUCAUUUUGUCCUACAAUAACGAUACUGUGAAG